CCUGUACAGGUGUUAUCGGGUGACACUCGUGCUGGGGCUGUGAUAGGGGUGCUAUCGGUGCAGCACGGGUGCUGCCAGCCUGGCCCUGCCGUUGUGGGCACGGUGUGGGUGCUGCGAGCCUGGCACCGGCGCCGGGCUGGGCACGGUGCUGCGAGCCUGGCACGGGUGCUGCAGGGUUGGCAGAAGCACUGCGAGCCUGGCAGCGGGCUGGGAGCCUGGCGUGGGCCCUGGGAGGCUGGCAGCGGCGCUGGGACGCUGGCAGGGGCACCGCCAGCCUGGCAUGGCCCCCCGGCCCCCCGGGGCAGCUCCUCCCUCGCCGGUGGUGCCAAGAGGCUGCGAACCCCCCGUGUCCGUGUCCGUGGCCUCUGGCCGGACCCACCCCCGCCGGGUGACUCAGCCCGGGAGGCUUUUCCUUAUAUAACGCGGCACCGCUCGGAGCCCCACGGAGCGGCCCCUGCCUCAGUUUCCCCUCGCCGGGGCGUCACUGUCGCUGCUGCCACAGCCGCCGCUGCCAUGUGGAUGGUGUCACCGCCGGUCGAUGAAGGAUCUGCCUGGCUUUGGGACACGGCAAAGGCGGGGGGUAUUUUCCAGUCCACCAAGAAGCUGGUGCUGAGCGAGCAAGUGGGACGGGGACGGGCACUGGAAUUCCUCCGGAAAAACGCAGCCAACGGGCUCUCCGUGGCCAACCUCCUAGCUGGGCUUUCCUCCAUCCUCUGCAGCGUCAACAGGCAAUACCAGUACUCCUGCUGGCUGCUGCUCCUGGGCUUCCUGCUGGAUCUAGCUGAUGGGGCCGUGGCCCGGCAGCUCGACGCCUGUUCUGCACUGGGUGCCAAGCUGGAUGACUUUGCGGAUUUCACCACGUUCGGGCUGGGCACGGCCCUGUUGCUGCAGCCCCAGGGUGUGCUGGGGGGACUGCUGACCCUUGCCUACGUGCUAGCCGUCUUUGCCCGCCUCUGCUUCUUCUCCAGUGGGAUCCCCUUCACCUACCGGGGGCUGCCCUGCCCUUACGCCUCGGCAGUGCUGGCCAGCACCUUCCUGCUCACCGGAGGACACGUGGCCCUGCUCCGCGCCGCCGCCGCCGCCAUGAUCCUGUUCAUGGCCGACUGCGGCUUCUACCCCCACGACAGGGUGCUGGAGUCUCAGCUUUGGAAGAAACUGGUUUAUGCUGGAGGGGUGUUGGCUGUCCUGCUGGCACCGACGGCCGUGUCUGCGGUUUAUUGCCUGGCCUGGGCCACGUCCUACAUCGUCUUCCCCUUCGCCCUCUGGAGCUGCAAGGCCUGAGCCCUCCCUAGAGCCUAGUAAAGCCUUCCUCAUCCUCA